CUUUUAAUCUAAUCCGUUGAGUAAGUUCUUGAUAAGGAAUGAAUAAAAGGAGAUAUUUUUAUUAUUUUGUUCUCACUGAUAAAAUAACGUACGUAAAAAUGGGGCAUGUCAUCAUAAUCGCCAUUUUGGCAAUCGCAGCGGUCCCAGAGAUCCUCCCUGCGGUGCUACCGAAAGCGAAUCCUAUGGGUGCUCUUCUCCAAAACAUCUUAAACCCGGCCAACUCAGAAAGAGCUAAACAAAUAUUACAACUAACCGGUGCAGUCAAUAAAGUACCCACAAACCCUGUGUUCAAUUUACUGCAAGAAGUAGCUGUACCGAGAACAAGCCCAGUUAUAGUACAAGACUUACCACGGCAAGUUCUACCGGUUCCGCAAUUUCAAGAGGUGGCCCAAUAUCCGAGCAGACCAGUUAUACAAGAGAGGGUGUACCCUUACGCGUCAAAUGUGCCGUAUGUCGGACAAAUUCUGCCAAACUCCCCCGUGCCUUUGGUGAACCCAUUUCUGCCUGCCGCGUCCCCUGUUUCUGCCAUUGCGCCGCCGACUUCGAACCUGCUUCCGCCUGUAGAUCCGACUCAAGUGAGGAGCCACUUUUUGAGGAAAAUACCUAUUCCACCGCCGUCGUUGUAGUUAGAUAAAUAAUUUAUGGUUUGAUUAUAAUUUAUGUUUUUCUUUUUUAAGUUAUUUGUGAUGAUUGAUAGGAAUUAAAUGAUUAAGUAAAUGUUAAACCUCAU